UUGGUGAGUUUAAUGAAAAAUUUAUGGAAAUUUAGAUUUUUGAGGCUGAAAUUUCUCAUUUUUGACUGAAAACUCUAGAAACUAGGCUUAUUUAGACUCAAAAAAUCCCGUUUUUUUCACAGAUUCCGCGAAUUUCCGAAAAUGCGAAUCGUUGCGAGACCAUCGACGCCGACAACAUGCACAAUUUGCUCAAAAAAUACUCGCGUCACGAGACCAACUUCUACAAUUUGCUCAAAAAUCGCCCCGUUCCCCACUUUCCCACCGCCCACAUUUAUUACAUCGAAGAGGUUUGCGGCGCGGAAACCGAUGCGGAAAGUGGCGGAAUGGUAGCGGAAGAUCUGGUGGGACAAGUGCAUGCCAUCGAUUUUUUGCCCGGCCUGAAUGAGGCCCAAGUUUUGGCCCUGAUGGAGGCCCUAGCCGGGCUUCACUGGAUUACUUUGAGGGAUUUGGAGAGGGAAUCGGAUUUUGCGGAUUUUCCUGAGCAAUCGAUUUUUACGGAUAGAUUGCAGGUUGCUAUGGUGAGUAUAAUAUGAGCAAUACCCAAAAUUUCAUGAUUUUUAGCUCAAAAUCCAUCAAAAAUUCCAGAUUUCAAAGUAUAACAUGAGCAAUGCUGCAAAUUUUCAUGAAAAAAUCGAGUUUUGGCUUAAAAUUCAGCAUUUUUCAUGGUGUUCUUGGUUAAUAUGAGCAAUAUUUCAUAAAAAUCGAUUUCUGGCUCGAAAAUUCCAGAUUUUAAAGUUUAAAAUGAGCAAUUAUUCGAAAAUUCAUGAAAAAAUCGAGUUUUGGCUUAAAAUUCAGCAUUUUUCAUGGUGUUCUUGGUUAAUAUGAGCAAUAUUUCAUAAAAAUCGAUUUCUAGCUCGAAAAUUCCAGAUUUUAAAGUUUAACAUGAGCAAUGCUUCAAAAAACUUCCUAAAAAAUUAUUUUUGUUUUCGAUUUUUACACAAAAAUAUUUUUUGUUCGAUCAAAAAAUCAUUUUUAAGUGGAACCGCCAUUUUUUUCCAGUCUAGACUAUAUAUUUUAUUUUUCUCAAGGCUGAAAAUGUCGUCUGAAAUGAAUUUCUUGCUGAAAAUCGCAUUUCCAGACUUGUCUGAAAAUGAGUUGGCUGAAAUUCAGCCUAGAAUUCUGGAGAAUUCCAAAAGUUUUUGGUCCGACAUUUUUGUGGUUGGGGAUUUUUUCAUGAAAGUGAGUGGGCCUGGAAAUCUGGGCUUAUUUAGGCUCAAAAAUUGCAAAUUCCAAGCCUAAAUAAGCCUAGUUUCAGGCCUGAAAAUCUGGAUUUUUUGAGCCUAAGCAAGCCUGGAAAUCUAGGCCUAUUCAGGCAAAUUUCUGGGCUCAAAAGCCUGAUAUUUUGAGCCCCAAUGAGCCUAAUUUCGGGCCUAAAAUCUAGGCUUAUUUGGGCUCAAAAAUUUCCAAUUUUUAGGCUUGAAAUUCUUGAUUUUCCAAGCCUAGAUAAGCCUAUUUUUCAGGCCUAAAAGGCCUAUGUUUUAGGCUUAGAUAAGCCUAUAUUUUUCACCCAAGCCUAGGCUUAUUUAGGCUCAAAAAAUCCGGAUUUUCAGGCCUAGGCUCAUUUAGGCCCACCAAAAAAUUUCUAGAUUCCAAAAAUCUCCAAAAAUGUGCUGUAAAUCGAGUCCACUUCCCAAUCCCAAAUCAAUUUGCAAACGUUACUCCGCAUUUACACCGUCCGUGAGGCCAACUUCUACCUCAAAUUUCUCGGACCCCAAAAAAUGGCCCAUUUCCCGACGGCCCGCAUUUUCCACGUGUCUCCCGUGCACGGUAUGUUGGCCGAGAAUCUGGCCGACACUACGUAUAGCCUCGAUUUUCUGCCGGGCUUUUCGGACCCACAGAUUUUGGCCCUGAUGCGGGCCUUGGCCGCAUUUCAUGUGUACGCUUGGAAAAAUGAGCAGAGUAAUGACGUGGCAAAUUUUGAUGAGAAAGUUUUGUUUACCCGAGAUGCUCAGAGAUCUAUGGUAAGCGAAUAGAGCAUUGCUCAUGUUAAACUUCAAAAUCUGGAAUUUUUGAGCUAAAAAACAAGAAAGCCACGAAAAAUGCUGAAUUUUAAGCCAAAACUCGAUGUUUUCAUGAAAUUUUGAAGAAUUGCUCAUGUUAAACCCUAAAAUCUGGAAUUUUUGAGCUAAAAAUCGAUUUUCAUGAAAUAUUGCUCAUAUUAACCAAGAACAAAAUGAAAAAUGCUGAAUUUUGAGCCAAAACUCGAUUUUUUCAUGAAAAUUUGAAGCAUUGCUCAUGUUAUACUUCAAAAUCUGGAAUUUUUGAGCUAAAAAACAAGAAAACCAUGAAAAAUGAUGAAUUUUAAGCCAAAACUCGUUUUUUUCAUGAAUUUUUGAAGGAUUGCUCAUGUUAAACCUUAAAAUCUGGAAUUUUUGAGCUAAAAAUCGAUUUUCAUUGCAGUAUUGCUCAUAUUAACCAAGAACAUCUUGAAAAAUGAUGAAUUUUGAGCUAAAAAUUGAUUUUUCAUGAAAUUUUGAAGGAUUGCUCAUGUUAAAUUUCAAAAAAUCACUAUUUUUGAUGAAUUUGGAGCUAGAAGUGAUGGAAAUCUAAGAUUUUUGUGCUAAAACUCGAUGUUUUCAUGAAAAUUUGAAGCAUUUCUCAUGUUAAACCUUAAAAUCUGGAUUUUUUGAGCUAAAUAUCGAUUUUCAUUGCAGUAUUGCUCAUAUUAACCAAGAACACCAUGAAAAAUGCUGAAUUUUAACCCAAAACUCGAUGUUUUCAUGAAAAUUUAAAGGAUUGCUCAUGUUAAACUUCAAAAUCUGGAAUUUUUGACUAAAAUUAAGCUAGAAAUCAUGAAAAUCUGCAAUUUUUGAACUAAAAAUCGAUAUUUCAUGAAAAUUUGAAGCAUUGCUCAUGUUAAAUGUUUAAUUUUCAGUACGACGAAGCGGUGCUCCUCGAGCAAAUCUGUCCGGAAAAAUUCGGAAAUUCCCGAAUUCAAAAUCUCGCCUGGUCCUUCGACUACGACUACAAAACGGCCCAAAUCCAAAAAUUGGUCCAGAAAUUGGGCCGAAAAAUCUUGGUGCACGGUGAUUUGAAUGUGUCGAAUAUUUUGUGGCGAAAUGCCGCGCCGAAUGAAAUUGCGGCCAUAAUUGACUAUCAAUUUGUGCAUGUUGGAUCGAUUGCCGCGGAUAUUGUGAGAGUUCUGACUUUGGGCGUCUCGAGGUGAGAUUUUUCAAGCUCAGACAAGCCCGGGCCCGAAAAUUUGCGAUUUUUUGAGCCUAAAUAAGCCUAUGUUUAUUUGAGAGCAGAGAUCAUAGGAUUCUGAGAGAGUGCAGAGAAGUUAGAGGGUCAGAGACGCAGAGGGAUUGCACAAAUGGUAGAGAUGCUAGACGGCUAGAGAUCAGAGAAGCUAGAGAGCUAGACGGCUAGAGAACACAGGUUUUUGGAGAGUGCAGAGAAACUAGAGGGUUAGAGACGCGGAGGAAUUUACACUCGCUCCGCUCGAGCCGCUUACGCGGAAGAUUCCGGGGCGCUUCGCGCAAGCUUCCGGAAGCUAGGCGGCUAGAGAACACUGCAGAAGCAGAGACGCAGAGGAACCAGACGGCUAGAGAUCAUAGGAUUCUGAGAGAGUGCAGGGAAGCUAGAGGGUUAGAGACGCAGAGGGUUUUUGAUCUACAGUAGCCUUAUUUGGGCUCAAAAUGCUCCAAAUUGUCAAGCCUGAAAUUCUAGGCCCUUUUCAGGCCCCUCCUAGGCUUGUCUAGUCCCAAAAUGCUCCAAAUUUCUUGCAGAGCCCAUCGAAAAGAGCACACCGAUCGAUACCUCAAAUACUAUUGGCAAAAGUUAGACGAACUCACCAAAUCCGAUAAAAUGAGCAAUGUUUUGAGCUUCAACGAAUUGAAAGAGCAAUAUUGGGAAACUUUUGCGAUUUCGUCGAAUUUCACACUUUUCGGCAUCGGAUUGUAUCAUAAAAUGUAUUCGGAUGGAAGUUUGGGAAAAGCUGAGAAGAGGGCGGAGAAUUUACGCGAACUCCUGGAUCGAGCCGAGGGAAUUGUUGAGGAUAUUGAGAAUUUGGCGCGAAAAUAA